GUGCUUAGUAACAAAUUUUAUGAAGUUUGUUUUUUCAAAAUUUAGUGCCAGUUACAAUACCUUCGUUAUUGCGGCAAGAGCUGAGCUGUGAAUCGUUUGUAGAAAAAGUGCGUCGUGGACUAGGUAAUUUUGUGCUGGUAAAAACGUAUUUACGUCAAAUUCUCCGGAAUCGUGGUUUCACUGUCAAUUUUUUGUUUCGUAACUAUUUCUGUUAGUUCAUGUACGGCUAAGAUCAUAGCAAGUAAUCGGCGAGGCCAUGUGCGUAUAGUAUCUUAAACCUUUGACAACAUGGAUAAUACUACCACAGUCGCCAUUUUCCGAGUAUAGUAGUGGAGAGUUUUUUGAAUAUGCAACAUCUGUUUUUACUAGCAGUUAGAUCUAAUAUUGGUUACUAUUUUGCAGAGAAAAAAUUCACCAUUUUAAAGUAGUUUACUACCUGUAGCAGCUGUUGGUAAUUUUGUAUAUUGUACUCAUAAUGGAAUUGAACUGACACUGGCGCAACAUUUUGAAGUGUGUAACCUGAACAUGAGCAAUACAAAACCUACAAAUAAUUACACGUACACUUUUAGACCGUUUGUGUUUGUAAAAUGUGAUCCGAAACUGGUUGGAGACCGAUUUCAGGUUCCAAAAGGAAGAAGUGGGCAUCGAAUUGUAUGCGAUGACAAAAAUCUAUAUUCAUUCGGCGGUUAUAAUCCAUUUCUUAAUGAUGAUGCUGAAAUAAGAAAUGACCCAGUGUGGAUGGAAAACAGACCUUUGUUUAAAGAGCUUUGGAAAUACAAUUUUGCCUCUAAGAUAUGGCAGAGACUGUCAUGUAAUGGGACCAUUCCAAACGAACUAGCAUCUAAUACUGUGGUUUUAAAGGGAGGAACAAUGAUGAUUUAUGGUGGGACAGGCUAUCCAUUUGGAACAACUUGUAGUAAUCAGCUUCAUAUAUGUAAUCUCCGUGAAGAUUACAAGAUGAAAGUUGUGAAUGUGAAUGGCUCUUGUCCUCCAAAACUGUAUGGCCAAGCAAUAGUUUUGGAUGGUCUCAACUUAUAUACUGUUGGGGGUACCACAGGUUUUGAUUACACUGCUGAUAUUCAUCGCUUAGAUUUACGAACAGGUAUGUGGGAAGAAGUAUAUAUUUGCACAGGCAGGACAUGGAAAGAACCACAGGGUAGAUAUCGUCAUGAGCUGGCAUUUGAUGGAACACGAAUCUACCUUUUGGGAGGUGGUACAGCUGAAGAAGUAUAUGGAUUUCAGGACAUUCCAGCAUUCAAUCUUCUUACUGGGUCCUGGGAGAGCCUGACGACACGCUGUGACCCAGGAGCAUCAGCUCCAGGUUUUCCUGCACCAAGGCGAUGUCACGGAUGUGUUCAGAUGUCAGACAAUGAGCAGCAGGAGAUGAUGGUCUAUAUAUGUGGUGGUUAUAAUGGCACCGAGAUAUUCCGCGAUGUAUGGAGGCUUGAACUGCAAAGUCUGCAGUGGACUCAGAUGAUGAAGUGCCAUUUGCCACGUGCCAUUUAUUUCCAUUCAGCAGCAGUCACACCAUCAGGUCACAUGUAUUCCUUUGGUGGUAUUACAGAAGAGAAUAAUAGUAACAGAACUGCUGAUGUGAACUGUGCAUGGAUGUGCAUACCAAAACUGACAGAAAUGUGUUGGGAGGCAAUACUGUAUUAUAAUCCAAGUCUACACCUUUUGCCUAAAAAUCAGCUCUUGAUGUGUGGUUUACCUUUAGAAUUUGUAAACCGAAUUGAUUGAAUUCUGUAUGUUGUAAAUAUUUAUAAAUGCUUUUAGUUUAAAGCAUUGCUUGUGUAAUGAAUUCUGGGCUACAUGAAUGUACUUUUGCAUAUCUAAUAAUUUUCAUAUUUUUGAGAGAUGUAUAGGCUAGUUAAUAAGUGAAACAUAUUGGUGACCAGCAAUUACAAUUUAAUUGUUAAGAUGUAAUAUAUAAAUUACAAAGAAAAGCAGUCCUACUGUCUAGGAUAUAAAUGGUUCCUGUAAUGGUGGUGAGAAGUUUGUUAAGGUAUCUUAUAUCAUGAAAUGGAUUAAAAUUUAAAAAUUACUUUAUUAUUAACUUCAGUCACCUAGCCACAAGACUGUAGUGGAAAUAAUUAUGCCUUUCCUAAUUUUGUAGUGUAAUCUAAUUCUAUAUUAUUACAUAAAAUAACAGUAAAAAGGAGGUAACAAUAAAUUAUUUAUAGUGAGAAAAGAAAUUGACCAAAUAAAAUUUGUAAAUGAAAAUGAGUUUUUAUAUGAAAUUUCUCAUUCAAGUUGACAUGAUGAAUUAUCUGCCAAUCUAACAAUUUUGGCCUGGUGGGGAGCACACAUAACUAUCCAAAAAAAAUAAAUGUGAGCUCAGACAUAAAAUUCUGAAAGCUACACAGAAUA